GGGGAUUGGAACACCUGAAUCACAUGAUAUGGAGGGGAUUGGAACACCUGAAUCACAUGAUUGGAGGGGAAUUGGAACACCUGAAUCACAUGAUAUGGAGGGGAUUGGAACACCUGAAUCACAUGAUAUGGAGGGGAUUGGAACACCAGAAUCACAUGAUAUGGAGGGGAUUGGAACGCCUGAAUCACAUGAUUGGGAGGGGAUUGAAACACCUGAAUCACAUGAUAUGGAGAGGAUUGGAACACCUGAAUCACAUGAGAUAGAGGGGAUUGGAACACCAGAAUCACAUGAUAUGGAAGGGAUUGGAACACCAGAAUCACAUGAUAUGGAAGGGAUUGGAACACCAGAAUCACAUGAUUGGGAGGGGAUUGGAACACCUGAAUCACAUGAUAUGGAGGGAUUGGAACACCUGAAUCACAUGAUUGGGAGGGGAUUGGAACACCUGAAUCACAUGAUAUGGAAGGGGAUUGGAACACCAGAAUCACAUGAUUGGGAGGGGAUUGGAACACCUGAAUCACAUGAUAUGGAGGGGAUUGGAACACCUGAAUCACAUGAUUUGGAGGGG